AUGAACGAGGUUUGGCGAGAGAAUAUGGCGUCAGCGAAGAAGCGAGUAUAUGGUGGUCUACAGAAAUCAAGUAUCGAAGCGCAGCUGAAAAGGCAACGUCCCCAGAUCAUGCAUCAAUUUAUUGCGAAAACACAGGCCUCGGAAUGCAACUGGACCACGCCCGGUGUGAUACUAACAAAAUUAAUAAUGCCCAACUUUGGGCCAUGGCGAUCUCUCGACAUUUUAACGGUCUCGCCAUAUCGGCAUGGCACCAUGAUGCGGUGGCAUGCAAUGUCCAAGUGGUGGAAACAAAGCUGCACCUGGUGGCAUCAGGUCAAGUGGUCUGUUACAUAUGAGGCACUCUCAGUUGAAGACAAGUAUGAGCUACUGCUUCAACGGCUUCAUAUUGACCGUCAACUCUAG